AUGUCGUCUGAACUUGAUCCUUCGGCACUAAAGUAUGCCUUGUUUCUAUGCUGCGGUCAGUCAGUUGCCUCGCACGAGCGAGGCGUAUCUGGUCCAAUUGUAGUCCUGGACCAGGCCGAAUCGCCUGAUUUCGAGGAGCAAUUGCGGUCCGAGGCACCCAUUGAGCGUAAAAGACACAAUACGCUGCAUAUUAUACUGCUAAGCCCUGAAGCGGGGUCCUUUCCCGACGACUUGGAGCUUCGCCCCUCGUUUCAGGUUAUCACAGUCGAUGUGUGGAUAUCAAAGGCCGACCGUACCUGGGUCAGUCAUUCGCUCCCUGGGAUUGAGAGUGGCGAGCUCACCAAGACAGAAAUCUGCUACAAUGUCUCCGAGUCACUAUCAUACGUAGCGAACAAUACCAGUCCUCUGGAUAGUACUCCAACCAUCAGUUCGCGAGGCCCGACCGAUAUGGUCCUGCAUCAUCAGCAUGAGCCUCUUUACUUUCGCCUCGAUAUAACCACUGGUCAAAGUGUCUAUAUGUUCCCCCAGGCCAAAAGUGAUGUCCGUAACCUGGUGUAUGGCCUUCAUGAGGGCCUCCGACAACACAAUCUCGUGAAAUGGCUCCUCUGGAUUGAGACGCAGCUUCACCAAGGCUCCCUCUUCGAAAUCACAGACUCCGACCGGUUCUCCAAAUACGUACAGCUACUACACAAAAUGUCUCGCAACCUAAUUACGCUUGAACACAAUAACCAGCGUGACGCGUCAAAUAUCGACCACCUCUUGCAGGAUCACACCCGACUAGGCCGAUUAUCACGACGAUACAAUGGCGCCGCACACAUCAACAACAGAUUCCACGAACACGUCCGAGACGACCUUCUCGCUCUACGCGACUGCUGUGAAGACCGACAUCGCCGGAUUCUCAACCUCCGACAACGAACUAACAAUUUCAUCACUCUGCUCUAUAAUCUGAUUACAGGGCACGAUAGCACCGUCAAUCUGCGCAUAGCUACGCAAAGUGCGAGUAUCGCCCGUGAAGCUCGUAAGGACAGUAUGUCCAUGAAGAUCAUUGCGGCUGUGACGUUGAUUUACCUUCCUGCCACAUUCGUGUGUAGUGUUUUCGGGACCAACUUGGUUGCGUUUGAUACUUCUGCUGAUUCAAAUGGGUCUCAAUUUCUUGUUUCGCGGUGGUGGUGGCUUUAUCUUGCUUUUGCUGUUCCGUUGACUGUGUUGACCAUGUUUGGGUUUUGGGUUUGGCGGCGAUUUCGGGAGACGUCGAGUGAAAAAGAGAAGAGGUCUACUGACUAG